UUGGAUAAGUUCUUUGCUCCUAUAAUCAAAAAGUUGAAGAAGUGAAUGAGAUCCUACAUACAAUGAUGAAAAGUUAAAGGAAUUACAUAUCUUUUUUAAGUACCUAACCUAUGACAUCUUUGAGAACAACUUUAGCUUGUGAAGAACAAAAGGGUUGCAAAGAGUUGAAGAAACUUACAUAGCUUGAGUUGAAACUUGAAACCCUAAAGAAAGUAAUAACAUUCCAAUCACUUGUCAAAAGAGAAUGUACUUCCACCAUCAACAACAACAAGCAAGGAACAUGCAUGCUUUAAGGAUGCACAUGCAAGGAAGUGGAGAUUCAGGACUUGUCCUUUCAACUGAUGCUAAGCCAAGAUUAAAAUGGACAGCAGAUCUUCAUGAACGUUUCAUUGAAGCAGUCAAUCAACUUGGAGGAUCAGAUAGUAAGUCUAUAUUCAUACCAAAAUUAUUCACAGAUUAAUUUUGAUGCACCGACACAUUAUGGAUUUAGAUUCUGUGCAGUGUGACUGCAUGCUGUCAGUAAAUAUGGACCGUCUAAUAAGUUUAAACGGGUCAAACAGUUUACAUCCAUAAUUGUGUGAUCUUGAUCUUAAAAUUUGAUCUUAAAAUUUAGGUUGUAUGAUCUUGAUCAGACAGUCUACAUGUGUCUGAUCCUCUUGAGGUCCGAGGUUCGAUUCUCUCUGGCGCCAAUUUGGGUGGGCUAAUUUAGCUUCUUCAAAAAAAAAGUCUACAUGUGUCUAACUGCACUGCAGUUAAUAUAUAUAUUUUGAUUGCACACUGAACCCCAACCCCUAAAAUAUUCCUUACACAUAGUUAUAAUUGACUAAAUCAAAUAUUUUUAAUAAUUCAACGGUUAUAAUCCAUUCUCAAUGUAAAAAAUAUUUACGAUGUUAGUGCAUAUCAAUAAAAUUCAAAUGCUUAUAAUUUUGAAGAUAAUUUAAUUACCCUUGUUAUGCAGAAGCUACACCUAAAACAGUAUUGAAACUUAUGGGGAUUCCUGGACUUACAUUAUACCAUUUAAAAAGUCACCUACAGAAAUACAGGAUCAGUAAACAUGGGAAUGGACAUGCUAACAUUAGCAGCAGUAAAAUUGGAGCACCAACCACAGAAUUAGUAGAAAGCAGAAUGUCAGAAUCAAGUGGAAUUCAUAUGAAAGAUUUAAGCAUAGGUCUCCAAACAAACAAAAAUUCAGAAAUAAAUGAAGCAUUGAAUAUGCAAAUUGAAGUGCAAAGAAGACUACAUGAGCAGCUUGAGGUACAACGACACUUACAAUUAAGGAUAGAGGCUCAAGGAAAGUACCUUCAAUCAGUGCUUGAAAAAGCUAAGGAGACACUAGGAAAUCAAAAUUUAGGUACAAUGGGACUUGAUGCUGCAAAGGUUCAACUAUCUGAAUUAGCAUCAAGAGUAUCCACAGAAAACCUUGAUACUAAAUUUUCAGAACUAAAAGAAUUGAAUGUACUUUGGCCUCAACAAACACAUGAAGGUGAAGCCAUUGAUUAUUCAAUGUCAAGUUUCUUAACUAAUAGUGAUGAGUCUCAAAGAGAUCAAGAAAUACAUAACAAGGGCAUGAAUUUUAGACCCUGUAAUGGCACAUUUUGUGAAGAAGUGAAGGAGAAUACAAUGUUUCUUUCCUCAUCAAAUGAUAAAGUACUAGAUGGAUCAGGUGAAGUACCAAAACAAACUUCAAGCCUCUUAUCAAUGAAUAUAGGAGUUCAUGAAGAAGAAAACUUUUGGAGAAGAAAUAAUUCAAAGGAAGAUUUAAAGGGUGAAGAAUGGAAAAGAAGAAAAAGUAUUGAAACUAGUGGAGUUCAACUAAAAUUGAACAGUGACAAAAUUUCUCAAGAUUAUAGAUUGGCUAACUUUGAAGUUAAAUUGGACUUGAAUUCUCAUGAUGAUCAUGAUGCUUCUCAAUGCCAAAAAUUUGACUUGAAUGGUUUCAGCUGGAAUUGCUAGGACUUUUAGCUUGGAAUUGCAUCUGGUUUUUGGAACAUGCCAUUUAUAAAACAUUUGAAAAAUAACUUAGUUGAAUAGAAUAAAUUACCCUCCAAGCAAAAGAUUUCAUGUAGAAUUGCUUAUGUAGACUAAAUAGAGAAUGGAAAGAGUUUAUAAUAUAUACUAUGAUAUGUAUGAAAAAGAAAAUUCAUAGGUUCUUCCACUGAAGCUAAACAUCUUAUAAUUGAGUUUUGUAACUAAUUCAACACUAUAAAA